AUGGCCGAGCUCCCAUCGAAGGUGCACCUCACCUCGCACCCCAUCUUCCUGAGGAUCCGUGGGCCCUCGGUGUACAAGGACGAUAAGCAGCGCAUGUGGCUGCAUCUCAUCAUGGAGACAGGAGGUGUCCUGCAAGUACGGUUGCGCCAGGAAAACAUCCCCCGUGAGAAUAUCGCACUCAUCACCAGCCCGCAGACCUCGAGCACCAUGCCUUCAUUGUGGUCGCUUCUGCUUGGCAGCCGGUACCGGGACUCCAUGGGCCGGGUUUGGCAUAUCGAGCACCACGUCAAGGAGGAUGACAUGGAGGAAAUGAUCCUUGAGCUGAUGGACAACUCGUAG